GGUCGAAAUCAUACAGAAACUACGGUAAAACUAAAAUCGUAAGUGGAAACACUGCUUUCCGCAUGUUGCGUGCUUGUUGCGUGCAUCAUAUCAUAUUGUUCAUUGCAUGCUUUUUUCAUCAGUCAAAUUAUUGAACUUCGCGUGAAUGGUGCAAAAUUUUUCGUGUUAAAUAUAUUUCGCGUUUUUUUAAAUUGAAUUUUAAACGAUAGAGUUUGUGAAAAUAAUGGUAGAAAAUACGUUGCAGACUUAAAAUGCACACAACUAAAUAAUUAUGUGGAUGUUUUACAUUUAUGUUCGCGUCUUGAGAAUCAACUUCCAACCUCAUUCCCUGCUUUUGCUAGGAAAAUAAAGUUUUUGAAUUAAGUUUAUAGAUUAUUUGACUUUUUUGAGUUAAGUAUUGACUGCAAAAUGGGAUCAUCGCAGAAGGAUAUCGAGUUAAGUCCGGUGAACACUGCACCGAACACCAAUAAAUCGGCAACUGAAAAAGUGAAUAUCAUAGUUAACGAUGAAGAAGAUGUUAUCAUUGGACGAUUUCGGAAGAUCAGUUCAGCGAAAUCUAUGGCUGCGACGAAUGGGAACAUACAGUAUCCUUCUGAAGUUAUCAAAAAUGACUUGGACUUGGAAUCUGGUCUUCACUUCAAGGCUAAGGAGGUAGAAAAGGACAAGUUAUUGCCAGACACGGUUUCCAAUGGAGAGAUCGUCCGUUCCAAGUCGCCGGUGACGAAAAGCAGCUUCCGCGAUAUUGAGAAGCCUUCGAGAUUCAAAGACCAACCCUCAACCACCAGAUUUCAGAUGGAAGAUAAGCAAGAUGACGCGACCGAUUCAGACGGUUCAGGCAUGGAGAGCGACGAUCCAUUGACUGCUACGGAUACUAAAUAUGGCAAAAGUUUCAGGCACUUUACCCGCGAGGCGUUACCUCGACUUGACAACUACAGAAAUGUUCUGUCUCUACACGCUGCGCCGCGACCAACAUUGGAUGAGCUUCACAACGCAUCGCUUUCUAGAAAGCCAGGUCAGACCCUGGAGAAGGAGCAGGGCGCGCCGGCCAUGCUGUCCACCAACGUGAAGUUCGGCUGGGUGAAGGGGGUGCUCAUGCGCUGCCUGCUCAACAUCUGGGGGGUGAUGCUGUUCCUGAGGCUCUCGUGGGUGGUGGGGCAGGCUGGCGUUGCGCAGGCAUCGCUGCUAAUACUGACGACGUCGGUGGUCACCACCAUCACCGCGCUCUCCAUGUCCGCGAUCAGCACCAACGGCGUCAUUAAAGGAGGCGGGACAUAUUACAUGAUAUCGCGGUCGCUGGGGCCGGAGUUCGGCGGGUCCAUCGGGCUGAUAUUCUCCAUGGCGAACGCGGUGGCCUGCGCCAUGUACGUGGUGGGCUUCGGAGAGUCCCUCAUCACGCUCAUACCGGAGUCUGCUUACAUGGUCAGCAAGAGUUGGGACCAAGCGAUCUACGGGUGCAUAACCAUAGUACUGCUGACGGGUAUCGUGAUAGUGGGGCUGGAGUGGGAGGCCAAGGCUCAGAUAGUGCUGCUGUUCAUCCUGCUCGCGGCCAUUGCGGACUUCUGCAUCGGCUCCAUCAUCGGCCCUAAGGGAGACGUGGAGAUUGCCCAGGGAUUUGUGGGGUACAAUAUGUCCGUCCUACAGAGUAACGUGGGCCCAGACUACAGAAUGUUCGAGGGCGUGGAGCAUAAUUUCUUCUCCGUGUUCUCGAUAUUCUUCCCCGCUGCUACGGGGAUAUUGGCUGGCGCUAACAUAUCUGGAGACCUCAAGGACCCCCAAAAAUCGAUCCCAAAAGGCACACUCCUGGCCAUUCUAUUGACCACGAUAUCAUAUGUCCUGAUCGCUUUGAUCGCGGGCUGGACUGUGCUUCGGGACGCUUCGGGGGACAUCGCGGACGUCGCCAACUGGACUAUGGACCAGUGCAGGGUCAACGGUACUUGUGAAUAUGGACUACAUCACAGCAAUGACGUAAUUCGCCUGGUGUCUGCAUUCGGUCCAUUGAUCUACGGAGGGUGUUUUGCCGCUACUUUAUCUUCGGCACUCGCUUCGCUUGUGUCUGCUCCUAAAGUGUUUCAGGCACUGUGUCAAGACAAGCUGUACCCGUACCUGGAGUUCUUCGCGAAAGGCUACGGGCCCAACAGCGAGCCUGUACGAGGAUACGCACUGACUUUCGUCAUCGCCAUUUCUUUUAUACUCAUGGGUGGGCUCAACCAAAUAGCACCGUUGAUUUCCAACUUCUUCCUCGCGGCGUACGCGCUUAUCAACUUCGCCACCUUCCACGCGAGCCUCGCUAAGCCGGUUGGAUGGAGGCCUACUUUCAGGCUAUACAACAUGUGGUUGUCCCUGGUCGGCGCGAUAGUGUGUGUGGCCAUCAUGUUCGUCAUAUCUUGGAGUACGGCCCUGCUCACCAUCGCUUGCCUCCUUGCGCUGUACCUCCUCGUCUCAUAUAGGAAACCAGACGUGAACUGGGGGUCUACUACGCAAGCGCAGACGUACAAAGCUGCGCUCUCUGGGGUCCAUCAACUGAAUAGCGUCACGGAACAUGUUAAAAAUUACAGGCCGCAAAUAUUGGUGUUAACGGGCUUCCCAGGCGAGCGUCCCAUGCUCACCGACUUUACGUAUCUACUCACCAAAGGGCUGUCUUUGAUGCUCUGUGGACACAUUCAUCAGACCCCAGUGAACCACCGAACGCGGGAAGCGUUAACGAAUCGAGCUUACCAUUGGUUCGUGAAGAGGAAGAUAAAGGCGUUCUACACGCUCGUCGAUGACGUCACAUUCAAAGAUGGCGCCAGUGCGCUUAUACAGGCGAGUGGUGUGGGCAAGCUCAAGCCCAACAUCCUAUUGAUGGGCUUCAAAGAGGACUGGCGGACUUGCGACCGCACGGAGCUGGCGGAUUACGUCGAUGUUAUGCACAAAGCCCUGGACGUGCACAUGGCGCUGGCGCUGCUGCGCGUGGAAGGUGGGUUGUACACGCGCGACGCGCUCGACGACGACUUGCAGGCCUACCUCGACGACGCGUACGCCCGAGACCUCUCCGCGCUCUCGCGUUCAAUGGGUGAUAGCUGCAAGGAUUCGAAAUCUACUGAAAGUUUGAACACUCAAUCCAGAGGCAGCAGUUUGUCGGACGUGUCCAUAGCGUCGGGCGAGUUGCCGAAAGUAUCUCCCGACCCCACUGGGAAGUUCCAGAAGCAGAAUAAAGAAAGUAAAUCCCUGAGCGACGUGGUCCGCCGCAUCGGCAUCGUGAACAGGACUCGGCGCGUGUCUUCCUUCACGUCCGUGGAGCAGUUCACUAAGAAGCAGUCCGGCACUGUGGACGUGUGGUGGCUGUAUGACGACGGCGGUCUAACGCUACUGCUGCCGUACAUCUUGUCGACGCGACGUGCGUGGGCCGCAUGUCCAUUACGUGUUUUUACACUCGCUAACAAAAACACUGAGAUGGAGAUCGAAGAACGAAAUAUGGCGUCUCUACUAUCGAAGUUCCGUAUCGAUUACUCAGCGUUGAAGAUGAUUCCGGACAUCACGAAGAAGCCUAAAGAUGCCACGCUAGCAUACUUUGACGAACUCAUCGCGCCCUUCAAGUCUCCCGACGACACCAAUGAUAACAUGGGCAUCACAGAAGCAGACCUCCUAGCGGCUCGUGAACGCACGAACAGAUAUCUACGUGUGAGAGAGCUAAUAGGCGAGCACAGCAGCGGCGCGAGACUAGUAUGCGUCACACAACCGAUGCCAAGGAGGAGGGGGUUACCGCCCGCUCUGUAUGCCGCGUGGCUGGCCGCGCUGGCCACCGCGGGGCAAAGGGUGCUUCUAGUGAGGGGCAACCACGCUUCAGUGUUGACGUUCUACUCCUAAUAGCGUAUGCUUCCCUGGUACUUUCGCUACCAAAAAGCAUGGUAUCAACACAAUAAUUCUUGGUAUUUUUACCACCGAAAUUUAUUUACUAACUAGAGUCGAGUACGCUAUGUAAAUACCAUGGUAAUCAUUUAUAUUAAAUAGGGUAUUUUACUCUAAUUUUUUAAUUACUUUAUUAUAAACUAGGAUAAAAAUAAUGACGUAAACUGAAAAAACUAAUU